GUUUCAGAGCAGAGCACAUGCAGAGUGUCAGCGCUAGCCUGGCCCUCUUUCCCUGCGUUUCGUUAGCCGCCGCUGUACCUGCUGAGGGAUUUUACCUUGUCCCUUGCCUGCUGGGGCUCCAAACCACUGCAGAAUCUGAAAAGCUGUGCUGUCUGGUACUAAGGAAGACAAGCACCUUGGGUUUCUCUGGAGAGGAGAUUUGGCAGUUCUGAUAAACGUUCAUAGAAGACAGCACUCCCUGAAGCUCGAUGACUAAAAGUAAUGGAGAAGAGCACCGGCUGGGGGGUAGAAUGGAGCGGUUCCAGCAAGGAGUCCGAAAACGGACACUCUUGGCUAAGAAGAAAGUACAGAGCAUCACAAAGGAGGAUGUUAAAAGUUAUCUAUUUCGGAAUGCCUUUGUUCUCCUCACUGUCACCGCUGUCAUUGUGGGUACAAUCCUUGGAUUUGCUCUCCGGCCAUACAAAAUGAGCUACCGGGAAGUUAAGUACUUCUCCUUUCCAGGAGAACUUUUAAUGAGGAUGUUACAGAUGUUGGUGUUACCGCUCAUCGUCUCCAGCUUAGUCACAGGGAUGGCUGCCCUAGAUAGUAAGGCCUCAGGGAAGAUGGGAAUGAGAGCAGUGGUCUAUUACAUGACCACAACAAUCAUUGCUGUGGUGAUUGGCAUAAUCAUUGUCAUCAUCAUUCAUCCUGGGAAAGGCUCAAAGGAGAACAUGCACAGAGAAGGCAAAAUUGUGCAAGUGACGGCUGCAGACGCCUUCCUUGACUUGAUCAGGAACAUGUUCCCUCCCAAUCUGGUGGAAGCCUGCUUUAAACAGUUUAAGACCAACUAUGAGAAGAAAAGCUUUAAGGUGCCUGUGUCGCCCAAUGAAACAAUUUUAGCUUCUGUGAUAAGCAAUGUCUCAGAGGCCAUGGAAACCCUCACCCGUAUGAAAGAGGAGAUGGUGCCCGUACCCGGGGCUGUGAAUGGAGUGAACGCCCUGGGGCUGGUUGUCUUCUCCAUGUGCUUUGGAUUGGUCAUUGGGAAUAUGAAGGAGCAAGGACAGGCACUGAAAGAUUUCUUUGAUUGCCUCAAUGAGGCUAUUAUGAGACUGGUAGCUGUGAUCAUGUGGUAUGCUCCACUUGGUAUCCUCUUCUUGAUUGCUGGAAAAAUUGUUGAGAUGGAGGACAUGGGAGUGAUUGGUGGGCAGCUGGCCAUGUACACCAUCACCGUCAUCAUCGGAUUGCUCAUUCAUGCAGUGAUCGUCCUCCCACUUCUCUACUUCUUGGUAACUCGAAAAAAUCCUUGGGUUUUUAUUGGAGGCUUACUACAGGCGCUCAUCACAGCUGUGGGGACAUCCUCCAGUUCUGCUACCCUUCCCAUCACUUUUAAGUGCCUGGAAGAGAACAAUGGAGUGGACAAACGUGUGACCAGAUUUGUUCUACCAGUGGGUGCCACCAUCAACAUGGAUGGGACUGCUCUGUAUGAGGCCCUUGCCGCCAUCUUCAUUGCUCAAGUUAAUAACUUUGAACUGAACUUUGGACAGAUUAUUACUAUCAGCAUCACAGCCACAGCUGCCAGCAUUGGAGCUGCCGGGAUCCCUCAGGCAGGGCUGGUCACUAUGGUCAUCGUGCUGACCUCUGUUGGGCUCCCCACGGACGACAUCACUCUCAUCAUUGCUGUGGACUGGUUCCUGGAUCGUCUUCGUACAACCACCAAUGUUCUGGGAGACUCUCUUGGGGCAGGAAUUGUUGAGCACUUAUCACGACAUGAGUUGAAGAACCGAGAUACAGAAAUGGGUAAUUCUGUGAUUGAAGAGAAUGAAAUGAAGAAACCCUAUCAGCUCAUCUCCCAGGAAAAUGAGACCGAAAAACCCAUUGACAGCGAAACCAAGAUGUAGACUGGCACAAUGAAAUGUAACUUUUCCAUCCAGUUGCAUCUCAUUUUCCAGAAAUCCCUUAUGUUGCUCUCUCUUCCUGAUUGGAUAGCAUUGAAAAAUGAUCAACAAAAUUUUGAUGGGGCCAAAAUGUAUGAUUGUCAUUCUGUUUCUUAAAACAAAAGGAAAAAAAAAUGAACAGUUAUCUACUGGUCUUGCCUAGGUAUGUGCAAAAAGAGCUCAGAAAGAUUGUUGACCAAGUCAAGAGAAAAUGCAAGCGUAUAUGACACACACAACCCUGUAAAUGUGAUCUUGUAUUUUAUAAGCUGAAAAGUCAAAAUUAGGUAGAAGAGGCUGGAAAUAUCUAUAUUUUUUCUUAACUCCUAUUUCAAAAUUUCUCAACCCAUAGAACGCAAUCCAGUUUAGGUCCCAAAAUAUAGCUUAACUAAAUAUAACUGCAACCAGAUAAAAGAUAGGCAAUCAGAAUCUCUCUUUAUCUGAUUUGUGACUUCCUGUCUCAUCUCACUAAUAGCAGAACCUCCAUCCAAGUGUACAGGAAAGGCUAGUUCAGGGGCUGUUGGCCACGAGAUGUCUACCACCUUUGUGUCCCUUCCUGGCAUUUUGCAAUAAAAGGCAUUUCUUAGAGGGGGAUAUUUGCAGGGAGAAUAUUUCUAAGGCAGAGAUGGCAGGGUGGUAGCCCAGUCCUAGAUCAGAAGCCUUCUUUUCCAAAUUGGCAACCAUACAAGGCACCAAGUAAGAGAUCAUUCCAGGAGUGAAACUUCACCAAAUGCUUUGGACAGGGAAAGG